UUUUUUUUUUUUUUUUUGUAAAAAGAAAAAUGUCUGCAUUGACAUUCUUAUUUCCAGGAAAUGCGUUAAUUAACUCUAUUUUGGCUACUUCAUAUAUCUCUAUUAUACCUAAUUUAUUUCUUUAUUUUAUUCCUCCCGAUAUUAAACCUUGUACUUUGAAUACACUUGUCAAUUUUGCUGUUGGCAGUUUAUUAGGUGACGUGUUUUUACAUUUAUUACCCCAUGCUUUUAGUAACCAACAUGAUCAUGAUCAUCAUGCAUCUACGCAUAAUAACGAGCUUAAAAAUGUAUGGAUCGGUGUUGGUGUAUUUACUGGUUUAUUCUUUUUCUAUGCUGCGGAUAAGAUUUCAAGAGCAUUCUUUGAAAUAAAGGAACAUACACAUUCUGAAAAAGAUCAUACUGAACAUUUGGUAAAUCAGGUUACUAUUAGUGAGUCCACAAGUCAUCAAAAGUCAGAAUUACGUCAAAGAAAUAUAAAUAGCAACACAUCAAGCAUAAAAAAUUCAAAAGACACUACGAUUCAACAUGACAAAAUGAUACGUGCAAGUACUUAUUUGAAUCUUAUAGCUGACUUUACACAUAAUCUUACAGACGGUAUUGCAAUGGCUGCUUCCUUUUAUGUAUCACCUACGAUAGGAGCUACAACAGCUAUUGCUGUCUUUUUCCACGAAAUCCCUCAUGAAAUUAGUGAUUAUGCUAUUCUUUUAAAAUCAGGAUUUAGUAAGAAGAAGGCUAUGAUGGUUCAAUUUAUGACUGCCAUAGGUGCAUACAUAGGUACAUUCAUUGGUAUAUGCAUUGAGGAAAUGGCCAUUCGUUUAUCUUCCAUCAACACCAAACAUCAUCAUGAACGUGGCCAUUUUUUUGGAACACCUAUUGCUUGGGGUGAUUUUAUUAUUGCAAUGACAGCAGGUGGAUUUCUUUAUAUUGCUACUGUAGGUGUUAUCCCCGAGUUACUUGAACAGAAUAAAGUGAAGAGUAAACUACAUCAGACUAUCAAGGAAUUACUAUUUAUGAUAUUUGGUUUACUAUUAAUGGGCAUUUUAGCCUUAAAUGAGACCAAAGGACAUCAUCAUCAUCAUUAAAUUACAUGAUUAAAAUUAUCAAUGUAUCUAAAAAUACCCCUCCCUUCCAUAUAAUAAAUUAUUUAUUAUUGACUGAAAUAAAUUUAGUUGAUGAACACAUGGUAUUUUAA